AUGAGCCAACUAGCUACGUCCUUAAGCAAAUUGGAGUCUCAAGAGGAAUUAUCUUCCCGAACAAUAGUCAACUCAAGGAAGAAUGUAAGUGCUGUUACAUUGAGAAGUAAAAAAGAGUUGCUGGAAAAUCCUUGUGAGGUAAGUCAUGGGCACGAUAAAAGUGCAGAGUUGGAGACUGAAAGUAUAGUACCUAAAUCAGAUAGUAAAUCAACUCCAACACCUGCAUCUACUGAACUUGAUACUUGUAUAAUUAAACCUUCUUUUCCAGAAAGGCUAGCCAAAUCAAAGAAAGAGAAAGAAGAGAAUGAGAUCCUUGAGAGAUUUCACAAAGUAGAGAAGCUGGUAGGUUAUCAAAAGAUUUGUGUGGAUGAAAAUAUUUCUGUUGUGUUUCAAAGAAAGCUUUCUACUAAAUGUAAAGACCAAAGUAUUUUUGCUAUUCCUAUUAAAAUUGGCAAUGUUGGUGUGAGAAAAGCAAUGUGUGAUUUAGGUGCAUCAAUAAAUAUCAUGUCAUUAUCAGUUUUUCAAUCUUUGAAUACUGGUCCACUAAAAGAAACUGGUGUAGUGAUUCAAUUGGCUGACUACUCUAUUGUUUAUCCUAAAGGUGUGUUAGAGGAUGUUUUAGUGCAAGUAGAUAAUUUUAUAUUUCCUGCUGAUUUUUACGUGGUUCCUAUGGAAGAUAAUAAAUCCUCGAAUUCUUCUGGUAUUUUGUUAGGGAAACUCUUUUUAUCUACUGCUAAAACGAAAAUAAAUGUUUAUGAUGACAUACUCACCAUGGAGCUUGAUGGGGAAGUCAUUGAAUUUAAUAUUUAUGAUAAUGCGAAAUACCCCAGUAAUAUUUCUAAUGUGUGUAGAGUAGAUGUCAGUAAACCUCUAGUUCAGCAAGUGCUUAAAUUGGAAUAUGGAAAUGAGUUGAAUACUAAACUUUGUGAAAAUUUUGAAAAAUCCAGUUGA